AUGAGUCGUAAAUUGCAUACUUUGACUACUCAGGACCUGGAAAAUAUAGUGGGAGAAUGUGAAGAUAGCGAAGAUGGCCUUGACUUUUCUGACGACGACGAUGUCGCCGAUCCGACGUAUAAUUUCGAGCCGAAUGAGCAUGCAAGUUCUGAUGAGGACCCAGAGGUAGCACCUGACUUGGAAAAUGAAGUUCAAUCUACCAGCACCCUAGUAACAACAUCCACCAAUACUCGGAUCAUUAGUACUGCAAUGGAUCCAAGUCUGGCCUCCGCUUCUACUAGUGCUAGUUCUGCAGCAGCUCCAAGGAUAUCUAAUCGUGUGCCUAGGACUAAUAUCACGUGGAAAACGAAAACCCUGAACAUAAAUGAAGACCAACUACGUUUUCUUGGAUCUGAGAAGUUACUCCCAUAA